AUGAAUGAUUCCAACUUCUGCAAGAUGAUCCACAUGAAAAGGACCCUUUGCCGUAAAUACAAGCAGGGAAAAAAUUGCAUUGCUAAAAGUGAAAAGGCUUUCGACUGUUACGACUUGGAUGCACCCGCCAAUUUGAAGACAGAAUGGUUGGCCAACAAGAUGAUCGCUCAAUCCAGCAGAAUAAAUGAUCCUGCGGCAAUGGAUGUUUACAAGAUAAAUAUCAAGAAGGCACCGAGCAAAAAGGAGAUCAAACUUGGACUGCUAGAGCAGGGUAAUGCCCAUAAUGCAGCACCAUCUCGGAGAUCUGUGGCGACAUCGAUAUCUAUGGGGUUGGCAAUCAAGGAGGCUCAAAUUGCAUUGCUCAUUGAGGUCCAAAGAAUCGGAAAACGAACUAUGGAGACACAGAGAUUAGACCUUGCCUGGCAACGAGAUUGUCUCCAAGGCCAGAUAGAUGGAUUCACACAUUCUGCUGUCACGAUCUCGGAGAGGGAUUCGAUGGAGAUGACGAUCAUGACAACUUGA